AUGGUCGCGGCCAAGCGUCGGAAUGGAUUCCACGUGCCGAUCGUCCACCGCACGGCGCACGCGCGACGCGACGCGGUCCGGCCUCCCGCCUCCGUCGUCCCCACCCCCAUGUCCAUGUCCUCCCUCGACUCCGCGCUGCAGCCGCAGGGCUUCCACUUCACCGUCUCCACCUCGUGCGCCCUCCACGUCCUGCACGACCUCGGCCCCGAUGUGUACGCCGACGAGUACGAGUUGGCACAACGGCCAGACUACACCACCGCCCUCUGGGGCCUCUCAGACCUCGAGCGACCUCUCUCUGCCGUGCCUCCAGACGGGACCGUCCUCCUCCUGACUGCUGGGCUCAGGCCCGGCUCGAGUGUCACGCUAGACGUCCCCCUGCAUGCCCGGUAUGCAACGCCGGUCUCCGGAGACUCUGCUGCAUAUCACACCGCGCGACUACGGAGGCCGCUCGGCUUUCUAUCAUGCCCCCUCGACAAGCCAGCGCCCGUGCCGGACGCCCUGCUCUCCUACGUCUCGCUCCCCGGAUGGCCGACUGGCUCCCUUGCUCUGAUCCACGACGCUGCGCCCCGGGAUCCGCUCGAGGUCACCGUCCCGGUGGGGGUGCUGGAAGACCUCAAAUGGGUCGACGUCGGCACUGCGGCGGUCAUGCUCGCCGCGUUCUUCUACCUGCUCGCGUCCGCAACUCGCACCGCCCGCCGGCUCGCCGCCAAGUCGUCCACAAAAACGGAUUGA